GCCUUUUUACCCCCCAACAGCACAGGAGUAGCAGCUUGUUGGAGUGAGUGCGCCGCUGUCUCUCUGUGCGCGCUCUGACCGGAGGGGGCUGGCUCUCCCCUGAUUGAAUCCAGCUGUUGUGAAAGCGCUCGGAGGGGGCCAGUCAAUUUGCAUUGCUAAAUAAUCUCGUAGAGGACGACAGAGCGGGGCAGAAACAGAACGGUCCAUUUUGGAAAAAGGCAUUCCUGCAACACUUGGUCAAUGUACCGAAGCUUCAGCUCGACCAGACAGCGCUUAAUGAAAACCUGGUGUCGGCUUUCGCGUAAAGGCGCAUAGUUGGGGGGCGGUGAGAGCGCUGCUGGGUAGUGGCGAGGGGAUUUGGGGAGAAUUUACGGGUCGUCUAAAUCUUUCGUUUUUGAGAAACCAUAAACCAUGCUGUUUGAAAUACGUGGCUUCAGGUUUUGCUCUUCCGCAAGGAUGUUGGCAGCUCUGGUAUUUAUUCUGCUUUGUAUCAAGCCUGGACACGGACAGACCUGCACAGAAGGUUUUGCUUAUGAUCGCAGGUCGAGACAGUGUAUAGAUGUGGAUGAGUGCCGUAUCCUGCCAGAUGCUUGCCGUGGAGACAUGCGCUGUGUGAACCAGAACGGAGGCUACCUGUGCAUGCCCAGGAGCCUGUACAACCAGCCGUUCAGACCGGAGACCCCGGUCCUGCCUGAGCCGGUUUACCCGGACCCAUCGGUUGGAUUUCCAGACACCUUCCUCCCGAGUGUUCCGAGAUCUGUGGAGCCCAGCUAUCCCAGAGUAAGGAGCACGGCGCAGUGCAUCCUGGGAUAUGCUCCUGCAGAGGACGGCACCUGUAAUGACAUUGACGAAUGUGAGACAAACUCUCAUCACUGUAACCCCACCCAGGUCUGCAUCAACACAUCAGGUGGCUACACCUGCUCCUGCACUGAGGGAUACUGGCUCAUUGGUGGACAGUGCCAGGAUAUUGAUGAAUGUCGCUAUGGUUACUGCCAACAGCUGUGUGCCAACGUCCCCGGCUCUUAUUCCUGCUCCUGUAACCCCGGCUUCAUCCUCAACCCAGAUAGCAGGACCUGUCAAGAUGUGGACGAGUGUGAAGACGAACCGUGCAGUCACGGCUGCUUCAACACCUACGGCUCCUUCAUGUGCAACUGUGACGAGGGAUUCGAGUUGGCAGCAGAUGGCACCUCGUGCAUUGACCUGGAUGAGUGCAGCUUCUCUGAGUUUCUGUGUCAGCACAGAUGUGUGAACACACCCGGCUCUUUCUCCUGCAUCUGUCCGCCUGGAUAUUAUGUGUUUGAGGAUGGACGGAGUUGUGAAGAUAUCAAUGAAUGUGACACUGGUAACAACACCUGUACAACAGCACAAGUAUGUUUCAAUUUCCAGGGAGGCUACACAUGCCUGAAUCCUUUACAGUGUCUCCUUCCUUACAUCGAAGUCAGUGACAAUCAGUGCAUGUGUUCAGCUGAGAACCCUGCCUGCAGGGACAAACCCUUCACUAUUCUCUACCGACACAUGGACUUGUCGUCGGGGCGCAGUGUGCCUGCUGACAUCUUCCAGAUGCAGGCCACCACGCGUUACCCCGGCGCCUUCUACAUCUUCCAGAUAAAGUCGGGCAAUGAAGGGCGAGAAUUUUACAUGAGGCAAACCAGUAAUGUGAGCGCCACACUCGUCCUGUCACGGCCAAUCAAGGGGCCCAGGGAGUUGGUGCUGGACUUGGAGAUGGUCACAGUCAACAAUGUCAUCAACUUCAGAGGCAGCUCCAUUAUACGUCUGACGAUAUUUGUCUCAGAGCACCCGUUCUGAGAGUCCCAAAUGAACUUCAGCAUAUCCCCAAAGAAUCAAGCUGCAGUGGUUUGUUUGAGACAGCUCGUCACCUUUUUUUGUUUGUUUUUUAAAAGUCAUUACGUCAUCCUCAAUAAAGACACGUCCGAUAAAGACUCAGUCAAGAUCAGCUGAUGGGAAAGCAUCCCUGUGCUUGAAUCCCCACCCUGGUUUAAUGGACACUGAGCUUUUAUGGCUGCGAUAUGGACUUUCGACACAGAGGGAUAUUUAUGGUGUACAAUUUCUGACAUCCUCUAUUUAGAAAAUGACCCGAAAAUGAUGGGAAUUACCCUCGCUGAAUACCAGUGUAUACACAAUACAUUUCUUUUCAUGAGCUCCCCUCAGUUGUCUGUGAAUUUUCAUCCCCUCAGAUAAGCUGUGAAAGUGACAUUUAUAUGCUUUCAUUCAAGAGCUGUCAUUGCAUCAUGAUUUGUUUCGUGUUUCUUUACGCGACGGGAGGAGAGCCAGAUAUCUGAGCAGAAGUGUAAUUGUACAUUUGCAGUGGCAAUAUUUGAAAUGAUGUAACAACCAGUCAUCAACUGAAUUAUUGAUCACAGUUUCUUUUAGACCAAUAAAUGUCUUCACCACACAACUGUCCCUGGCAUGAGCCGCCUACUGAACUCCAAAAACUAUAAACUGCAACUUAUUUUGGUAUUAUUAAUCACAAAUGUAAGUAACACUAAUUGGGGGAUUAUAUAAAGUUAAGAUAAGUAGGAAAACUAAAAAAAAACAACAGGUUUUUGGCACUCAGAUCUGGGAAUAGAUUAUACAAAAUUGGGAAAAACAGAAAAAAUAAAUAUGUUGUAGUUAUAUCAGAACACGUCUUAGCACUGUACCAGUUUUGGGGGGUGUACUAAUACAAAAUUUGGGAUUAUAUAAAUUUAGUAAAUUUUGGGGUCUCUUCACCAAAGUUGGGGGAUUUGUACGCACAAUAACAAAAAUAAAUCUCUUUACUAAUCAACUGUCUCUGGCAUGAACAGACUUCCGAACUCCUGAACUAUGGCAAAUUUGGAAUUAUAUGACUCCCAUUUAUAUGACACACAUUUUGGGGGGCUAUACCAAAUUAAGGCAACUCAAAACAUUGUGGGACCAUAAUGAUUAACAAACCUUUUUGGGGGAUUUUGGUGCACAGUAUUUGUCUUCCCUACAAAACUGUCCUGAACUCAUAAAGCUACAGCAAAUUUGGGGAUUGUAAUGACAUAUUUUGAGGACUUUCACAAAUUGAUAAUAAUUAAUUAAUAUUGGGGGCACAAAUUUAGGUAAUAUUUAAAAAUGACAAACAGAAAAAAUAGAAAAUGUUAUAAAUGUUAUGUAAUACAUCAUAACAUGUUUUCGCACUAUACCAGUUUUGGGGGUACACUAAAACAACAUUUGGGAUUAUAUGAAUUAGCAUAUUU